UUGUGUACAUCCACAAGUGUAGCUAUUUGGAAGACAAAAACUGCAGCCUAUGCUGCAUUAAUGCCAAUACUUCUUUGACGUUACCCCCGUAGAAAGUAGUGGUAAGUGACGGAGGGAUCUGAGUGAUUGGUGAAUGGAACAGAACCCUCUUGCACACAACCCAAAGCACCGCUCGCACUUUGAGUAACCCAACGAACGCGUAGUUAACCUGCGUUUUGACUGAGAAUAAUUAAACACUCUCUCAAAUGCCAUUUCCACACCCCUGUCUAUCCCAGCGAAUACCAUUUCCACAUCCUUCCCCCUUUUACUAUUUUUAGGCAAAAUAUGCCUUUACAUAUGCAUUACCAUAUUUGGCCACAAUUACAAACAUUUUAGAACCUUCCCUCUCCCCAAAAACUCAAAAAUUAGGUUUUUAAUUAAAACCUUGGUUUACUUGUUAUUACUACUAUUCUUCCCUAAAUUUGGCCAAAUUUAGAGGCAUUUGGAUUUGGUAAAUCUCCGACAUGAAUUUUUGGCAAAUCUCCAGGAAAAAGUUGUUCCUUUAAUAUACAAAAAAAUAUGAAAAGGUUGAGAUCGAGCGACGAUCUCGAUUCCUAUGGGAAAAAUGCGAGCAAAGAAUCGAAUCAGCAUCAAAAUCGAUCAUCGUCUCAUCGAAGCAGCAGUAUCAGCGGCUUUUACUACAAGCCAUCUUCAACCUCCGAUAGCAACGCCCGCACUAAAAGCAAUUUGAUCUCGUCUUCUUUGUCUCGGUAUGAUCGAGAUCGAUCCAUCGCUGAUGAGGAUAGCGGCAGGGAGAGGGAAAGGGAGAGACUGGUCCGGAAGCGGUCAGAGCAUGAUUUCGAGAGCUUUGAUAGGCGCAAAUUAGGGUUUGAUCGGCACAGAGAGAGUGGUAGUAGAAGUAGUAGCCUCCAUAGGUCGGAGAGCUUCUGUGGACCUCGCAGAGAGUUUCCAAAGGGGCUCCGAUCAGAAAGGGGUCGAACUCGGCGCGAAAGGGGGAGCGGGAGCUCGUGGCGAAGGUUUGGAAUUGAUGAGGAUAGAUGGAGCAGUAAGGUGCAACUGAUGGAGGUUACGGAUGUGAAGUCACCAACGUGGUCGAGGGACUCUUUGGGGGCAGGGAGGGUGGUUGGGGAAUCAAGGGAGAGAGAUGAUGUGAGGAGAAGCUACAAGUCAAAAUCUAAGUCAAUGUCGCCAACACGGUCAAGAGAUUCAGGCAGUGAGCAGUCUAAGAGUGUUGGUGGUGGUGGGGAGGGGAAGAAGAGUGAGGAAACACCGGUGGAGAGUGACAGUAGUAGUGAGAUGGAGGAAGGUGAGUUUGAUCCUGAACCUCAGGCUGAGCCUGAGCCUCAGCCUGAACCUGAAGCUGGAAUUCAAAAUGAUGGGAACGAGUAUAGUCAUAGAGAAAUGGAGAAUGAUGGAGGUGAAAUUAAUUCAAAUGUCGAGGAGGUUUAUAAGGAGAUGGGGAAUGAAAGAAAAGGUGAGGGGAAGGAAGAUGAUGAGUUGCAAGAUUGUGGAAAGAGUGUAAAUGGUGGAACUAGUGGUAGUGGGGAUAAGAUGGAUGAUGUGAAUGGUGAUGAAGUCGGAAAGGAGGAAGAAGGUGUAAAGGUUGGUGGUGAAUGUGAGGAAGAUGGUAGUAAAGAUGCGGUUUUGCUGAAGUCAUCCCAUUUGGAAGAGAAUUGUAAGGAGGACAAAGGGAUUGAUCUUGAGAUGCAGGUUGAGGAAUGUGAGGCGGCAGAGUUUAAUAAGGAAGUUGCAGAGCAAAAUGGUGAGCAUAAAAUAAAUAUGGAUGUGGCAGAGAUAGGUUUGAGUCAGAAUUUCAAGGAUAAAGGGAAAGGUAUUGCUAUUGAAUUGACAAAUGUUGCCGAUUCUGCAGAAAAUGGGGUAUGGAUUGAAAGGGAAUCGAAAGAUGCAGAUCUUGAUAUGGAAGGGCCUAGUAGUAGGGGUUUUGAGUUGUUCUCUUGCUCUCCUGUUAGGAGAGUGGAAAAGGCAGAGCAAUCAGGUUUUGAUAAGCAUAAAGAUGAGAAAAUGGCAUUGGAAUCACUUGAUCUUUCUCUUAGUUUACCAAAUGUGUUGUUGCCUAUUGGUGCUCAAGAUACAGACGCAGUUCCUGGCUCACCUAGCCACGGGAGGAGUGUGCUGUCCUUAACAAACACGUUUCGUACGAACUCUGAUGGGUUAACUGCUUCCGUGUCCUUUUCAGGUUCCCAGUCAUUUUACCAUAAUCCAAGUUGUUCUUUGACUCAGAAUUCCAUGGACAACUAUGAACAAUCUGUUCACAGCCGCCCCAUAUUUCAUGGGGUUGACCAAUUUUCUCAAGAAGCAUGGCAGUCUCAGAAUGAGUCUAGGCAUAAGGACGUUCCCAUGUUUCAGAGAAUUUUGAUGAAUGGCAAUGGCUCUUCUGGUCAGUCUUCAGCAUUACAGGGCAUUGCAAAUAGUCAGGCUGUGCAAACAAAAAAUAUUCGUACUUUAGAAGGAAGCUCAAAGAUGCCUAUUGGAAUUGAGAGGCAGUUAAGUUUUCAUAAACAGAAUGAUGUCAGGUCCCCUUCACGGAGCGUUGGGUCUCAUGAAAUCAGUUCAAAUUACAGCUUUGAGAAGAAACGAGCCACCAGAGAUAAGCAUGGUGGUAGCUUAUAUAGGAGCAAUAGCCAGAAAGAGCAAAAACAAUUUCUGAUAGGUGGAGCUGAUUUUGUUGAGACAAUAAUAAACAGGAUGGUUUCUGAGCCUAUCCAUGUUAUGGCUAGGAAGUUUCAUGAAAUGACAGGACAAUCAAUUGCAUGUCUAAAAGAGAGCAUUCGCAAGAUUAUGUUAAAUGCAGAAAAGUAUGGACAGCUGCGUGCAUCUCAGGAGGCCCUUCAGAACCGAUCUGAUUUAACCCUGGAAACACUGCUAAAAUCACAUCGGCCUCAAUUGGAGAUCUUGGUUGCCCUGAAAACUGGUCUGCCUGAGUAUCUUCAGGUAGACAACAGUGUUUCAUCUUCUGAUUUGGCCGAGAUCUUUCUGAACUUAAGAUGCAGAAAUCUUAUGUGUCGGAGUUCUAUUCCUGUGGAUGAAUGUGAUUGCAAGGUUUGCUCAAAGAAGAAUGGUUUUUGCAGCGGUUGUAUGUGUCUUGUAUGUUCAAAAUUUGACAUGGCAUCCAAUACUUGUAGUUGGGUUGGAUGUGAUGUGUGUCUUCAUUGGUGUCAUGCUGAUUGUGGAUUAAGGGAAUCUUAUAUUAGGAAUGGACAUGGUGCAGCUGAGAUGCAGUUUCAUUGUGUUGCCUGUGAUCAUCCUUCUGAGAUGUUUGGCUUUGUAAAGGAGGUCUUUCAGAAUUUUGCGAAGGAAUGGACCCUUCAAACUUUUUCCAAAGAACUUGAAUAUGUCAAGAGGAUAUUUUCUGGAAGCAAAGAUGUGAGAGGGAAACUGCUGCAUGAAAUUGCUAACCAAAUGCUUGUUAGAUUAGCAAAAAAGUCUGACCUUUCUGAGGUUUAUAGUCAGAUAAUGAGCUUCCUGACUGAUAGUGAUUCUACCAAGCCUGGCAAUACAACUGUUUUGUCUGGACAAGAACAAGGCAAAGGAAUCAAUGGGAUAGAUGAGCCAAAUCAGAACACCACGUGGCUCAAAUCUGUUUAUUCUGAUAAAGCUCCUAAAUUGGAAAGUUCAUCUAGCGUGCUUCCUAGUUUCAUUGUUGACCGAACCAACCAGUAUGACAAACGCCUUUUGGAGUCGGAGUUGCAGAGGAGUGCUCAAAAGCAAUCAUUUUUGCCUGAACUGGAGAGCUUCAUAAGAAUCAAACAGGAGGAGACCAAAAUGUACCAAACACGUGCUGAUGAUGCAAGAAGAGAAGCUGAAGACCUCAAACGAAUUGCAAUUGCAAAGAAUGAAAAGAUUGAAGAAGAGUAUGUGAGUAGAAUGACAAAAUUACGCUUGGUUGAGGCUGAAGAAAUGCGUAAACAAAAGUUUGAAGAAUUCCAAGCUCUAGACAGAGCUUACAAGGAAUACCAUGGUAUGAAGACAAGAAUGGAAGCAGAUAUUAAAGAUCUUUUGUUGAAAAUGGAAACCACAAGGCGAAACCUUGCCAUGCCAAGCAGAGCAAAGCCACAGGAUUUUAUGAGUACUACAAAUGCCUCCCGAAACAUUCCCGGUUCCCUCAAAUGGCAUGAUCAACUGUUUUCUUUGAUCCUUAGCUUGGCGUCUUGUGCAGUAUCUUGAUAAUGUAGUUAGUUAUACUAGAAUUUUAUACAACAGUUGGCUGAUAAAGAUAGACCGCCUGAUUGAUGACUAUUGGCGAUUAGAACAAUUGUAUGUAGAUAACGAAGAGCAUCUAAUGCCAAAUUGCUGGAGCCUAAAGGUCCUAGAUGGCAUACCAAUUUGGUCUAAGUAGAUUUACAUGUCGUUACCAAGGAGAAUAUAUGACCAAUUUACUCUAUCAACAACGGACCAAGGCACCAACUUAAGG